GCUUUGAUAAAAAAAAAUUGAGUGCAACCAAUCCCACGCCGCCAACAACAAAAACAACAACAACAGACUCAGAUACUCUUUCUUUAUCUCCCUCAAAUUUUCGAAUCAGUUCAUUUUACGCAACAAAAUUCUCCACUCACACCAACAUUCCUACGCUUUUUAAACCAAAAAACCGUUGUUAAAGCUCUCUGCUACAAUCUCACACAUUCUCUUCUCCAUUUUCAUUAGCAACACGAAUCGAUAUGGCUCUAUCACGUUUAUCUUCUUCCUCACACGGAUCCAAUCUCUUCAAACCCUUCUCCGCCGCCUUCACUCUCCACCGCCCGAUCUCCUCCGACACAACCGCCUCUCUCACAAUCGAAACCUCCCUCCCCUUCACCGCGCACAAUUGCGACCCUCCUUCCCGCUCCGUCACCACAUCCCCCUCCGAGCUUAUCCAAUUCUUCCGCACCAUGGCCCUAAUGCGCCGAAUGGAAAUCGCCGCUGAUUCACUCUAUAAAGCCAAACUCAUCCGCGGGUUUUGCCACCUCUAUGAUGGCCAAGAAGCGGUUGCUGUCGGCAUGGAAGCCGGAACGACGAAAAGGGAUUGUAUAAUUACGGCUUACCGUGAUCACUGUACUUUUCUCGGGCGCGGUGGGACUCUGCUUGAGGUUUAUUCGGAGCUUAUGGGGAGAAGAGAUGGGUGUUCGAAAGGGAAGGGUGGGUCGAUGCAUUUUUAUAAGAAGGAUUCUGGGUUUUAUGGGGGGCAUGGGAUUGUUGGGGCUCAGGUUCCGCUGGGGUGUGGUUUGGCUUUUGGACAGAAGUAUUUGAAAGAUGAGAGUGUUACUUUUGCUUUGUAUGGAGAUGGUGCUGCUAAUCAGGGACAGCUUUUUGAGGCUCUUAAUAUGGCUGCUCUUUGGGAUCUUCCUGCUAUUUUGGUUUGUGAGAAUAAUCAUUAUGGAAUGGGAACUGCUGAAUGGAGAGCUGCUAAGAGUCCUGCUUAUUACAAGAGAGGGGAUUAUGUUCCUGGAUUGAAGGUAGAUGGCAUGGAUGUUCUUGCUGUGAAACAAGCUUGUAAAUUUGCAAAGGAGCAUGCUUUGAAGAAUGGGCCCCUUAUCCUUGAAAUGGACACUUACAGAUACCAUGGUCACUCCAUGUCUGAUCCUGGAAGCACAUACCGAACACGUGAUGAAAUUUCUGGUGUGAGACAGGAGCGCGAUCCAAUUGAGAGAGUUAGAAAGCUGUUAUUGUCUCAUGAUAUUGCUACUGAAAAGGAACUUAAGGAUACUGAAAAAGAAGUCCGAAAAGAAGUUGAUGAAGCCAUUGCUAAAGCAAAGGAUAGUCCAAUGCCAGAUCCAUCUGAUCUAUUUACCAAUGUAUAUGUUAAAGGAUACGGAGUUGAGGCAUUUGGUGUUGAUAGGAAAGAAGUGAGAGUUACAUUGCCAUGAAUAGGAAAUUUAUUGGUACCAAAGUGAUGAAAAUAAUGAAAGAAUAAAAGAUUUUUCUGCAGAAAAAUCUCUGAGCCUUUUGGUUGAGUUUUCCCCCACGUAUAUAGUUCAUUUACUCUUGAGCAGCAACGGGGUGGAAUGAAUACUUUUUGACAUGUAGUUUUUGUUGGAGAGCAUAUGUAUGUGCAUUGAGCAAAGCAUUAUUAUGUUUGAUGCAAUUUGGGUGUUAUGCAAAAUUGAGGAAUUCAUUGUGUUCA